ACUUCUGUAAUGACUGCCGUCUGGCGUUGUCGCGGUGAACGUGCAUCAUACAGCCCAACGGAGCCCGAGAUAUAACACACUCUGUACCGUAUACGCUCUCUCGGGCGGCUAGUGUCUGUCUCUCUCCGGGGACUGGUGAAACGGCAUUCCGUCGAAGAAACUUCCGCGCGCGCUCUCUCUCGCACUCAUGUCUGUAGACUUCUCCUCGUCGUGCAUCACUAGUGCUGUACCCGUCGUCGCUGCUGCAGAAAAACAAAAGCGUUCGUGUGCGCGAGUUCGCGUUUUGUAAACAGCCAUCAGAGCCUUAUAUUUAUCGGGCGGCGACGGCGGCGUCGUCGUCGUCAUUGCGAGUGCGUGAACCUUCUGCAGCUCGUUGUUGUUUACCAAAAGUGACAGCGACGAGCCUCGAUUUCGCUGGUCAUGCCACUCUAGCUUACAUUCUGCGGUAGCGAGAGUGUAUUUUCGGGCUUGCGGGGACGAUGCUCCGCCGGAGCUGCAGUAUCUGAGAAGCUCGUUGUCGCACGAAUUUCAUCCCAAGUGUUUUCUAUAAGCGCGCACGGAGUCGCUGGCUCUUCUCCCUCUGUCGCUCCGUCUCUCUGUGCUCCGUUAAGUUUAGGAAAUUCUCGUGGUGAGAGGUGCCAAAGGAGCGAGAAGAUAUUUAAACUCGCUUGGCUCUCAGGUUCUUCCAUCGUGCACUUAUAAUAUCAGCACUGCCAAAUGUUGGAGCAACAGCAGAACUUGCGAGCAGACUUUUUCUAAACAGCUAUUCAUCAGCGAGAUGCAGGACCUGCCAGUCCUGCACAGAAGUACAUUUCGUACAAACAAGUAAGACAUUACAGUUAAGAUGUUCGGAAAAGUGCCACCAACCAACACGCCUGGACCACCCAAGGCUUGCUUGAAACCACCCGGAUCGUGUCUGCCCUGCUUCAAUGUCGAGGACGGCACACCAGAUAAUAUGGAUGACAAAGCUAAGCCAUGGAGAGCCAAGGACAAUAGUACUUCCAUCAUUUCAGAGAUGCCCUGCAACGUGCAGCCACCUGAGGUCGUGAGGCCUUGCAGGACAGUGGCUGCCAAUGCUUCCAAAGACAAACAACAAAUCAAGAGUUCCUUGAACUUUGUGGCAGGCUCGGUUAACAAGUGUUUCUCUAACCCCAGUUGCCCCGGUGCCUCAAGGACUUCCAGCAAUAGUGCUUCCAAAUCCCCCAAAAGCCCUCCAUCUUGCGCUUCCAGUGCAGAAUGUGCGAACAAUCAUCCCAGGGAGGCGAUAAAAUCUGCCAAAAAGUCACUGUCGUCUAUUAGAGACACACAAGUGGUCAAUGUAAACAAAGUAAUCGGUAGGGAACAGAGCAGGAGAAUGAACAAUGCAGAUGUAGACGAAGUGGAUGCAUCUCCGCUUCCAGACUCCAGAAUGGAGCCACCCAGGAAGAACCAGAAGUCAGAGAUGAGUCCUCCUAAGGACUUUACCACGUCUACGCCGUCCAAAGAUAACAAAUACGAUGACAAGGAGAAUAUGCCAACGGAACUUGAGUCGUUGCCUAGGAGUUAUAAGGACAGAGAAAAGUGCAAGGAUACUUGGAGACCCACAGAGCUUGACAAUGCUUUUCCGGUGCUGAAUCCUUACGCUGGAGAGUGUAUGCAGGAUAAGAGGCGUACCGGUGCCUCGUGUCAAGCUCUGAGACAUGCGGUGGCAUCCUUGAAUCGGCUCGAUGACUUCUACCUCGAAAAAAUUGGUGCUGGCUUCUUCUCCGAGGUCUUUAAGGUCACCCACAAAGUGACGGGACACGUGAUGGUCCUGAAAAUGAACCAGCUUCCGUCGAAUCGUCCGAACAUGCUCAAGGAGGUGCAACUGAUGAACAAGCUCAACCAUCCGAACAUUCUCAGGUUCAUGGGCGUCUGCGUGCACGAGGGUCAGCUGCACGCGCUCACCGAGUAUAUCAACGGCGGCAGUCUGGAACAGCUGAUAAUGGCCCGUCACACACCCCUGCCCCACCUGAUCCGGAUGAAAUUGGCUCGGGACACGGCUUGCGGUAUGGCGUAUCUGCACAGCAAGGGCUUCUUCCACCGGGAUCUCACCUCGAAGAACGUCCUGGUGAAGCGCGACGAGGCGACGAACGAGCUCACGGCCGUUGUCGGCGACUUCGGACUCGCCGCCAAGAUACCCGACCCCAGUACCGGAUACAGGCUCAGCACCGUGGGCAGUCCCUACUGGAUGUCGCCCGAGUGUCUCAAGGGUCAGUGGUACGAUCAUCGCUCGGACGUCUUUUCGUUCGGGAUCGUCGUUUGCGAGCUGAUCGGCAGGGUUCCUGCCGAUCCAGACGUGCUGCCGAGGAGCGACAACUUCGGGCUGGAUUACCUAGCGGUGGCGGAGAUCUGCGCCGCCGCUGAUCCGCCACCGGCAUUUCUGCAGCUCGCUUUUCAGUGUUGCACGUACGAGCCACGUUCGCGACCGACCUUCCCGGACAUAGUCCAGACUCUGGACAACUUGAUCGCGACGCACGCGGACGAUUCCAAGGCCAGCAUGGACAAGCGCCAAUCGGUCGACCAAGAGCUCAUGUCAAGCAUGCACGAGAUCAGCCGUCAGUCCCGUUCUCUGGGCCGUAAAUCUGCGAGGCUGCGCAGCCAUUCGGCCGAUGCCAGAGCCUGUGCAGCCAAUUCCACACCUCCGUGCGACAAGGCUCGUUGUCACUCGGCGAGACGAGUUGCCGAGUUGGCCAGUCGCAGGGACCCACAUUACAGGCCCAUGACCGCCAAUCCCUUUCAUGCGCUCGGAGGCGUCAAGAAGAUACUCGGGGACUUGUUCUCCAGUUGCUUGGAGCUGCCUUCGCUCGAGGAUGUCAGGUCAGGAGGUGAAAGCUCGGGGACGACUGCAAAGUUCAAAGCUGCGACGAACGACUGUAUUGCCAAGAUUUUGGAGAGGAAAAAGCCAAGCUCGGAACCCAGCAGCCCUACAGCUCGAAAAAAGUGGGAGAAGAAGGUGGCGACCAAAGUUGGAGCCGCGAGCCUUUUCGCGCACCCGCUCUUCCGUGACGGUUGGGAGCCUCGCCGGCGCGGCAGCUGCGAGUCGGGCUUUUGGAGCUGCGUAGGCGAGGAUCUGAGCCCCGAACCACCCAACCGUCGCCAUGCCUCAACGUUAAGCAGUUCCGCCGCAUCGAGUCUCUUUCUUCUCGACGACCACAGAACCAGCUCGAUCUACACGGAUUCGAGCGAAGACAUAGCUAGUUUAGGUGGUGGUGAUUCCGCCUGCUGGGAGGACCGGCUCGACAGAUUGGGCCCCUCCAGCAAAACCAUAGCCAAGAUCGUAGAUUACUUUGAGCGUAAGCAGGCUGGUGCUGGGAAGCACGGUGAACAGGGAUACGACGUCGCGGCACCCAGCAGGAUAGCCCUGCUCAGGGCGAGACUCGAGGGCUCGAUGCCCCUGUGCAGCAUUAGCGCAGCUCAGAGGCUGGUCGUGUGCGACGGCGCAGUUCGCAGCAAGCUGCCACUAUUUGAUAAAAAGUGACGAGGAAGGGAGUGCGUUUACAGGAGUCUGGGGCGAUGAUUAGACGAGAACGUCGAGCAGGAGGCUGAAGAGCGUUUUUGAGUUUGUUAUUUUUCGAAAAUAAUUGUACAUAUAAACUAAAAUUUCGUUUCUCCGCGAGAAGAGUAUCGGUAUUUCAUUUAUUCGUCAAAUUUUUGUAUCAUUGGAAGUAUAGGAAAACGGAUGGUAACGUUAUUCAACGCUCUGAUUCUCGACGUUCUCAUAAUGCACGCCUAAAGUCUUGGUAAAAUGAGGAGACGAAUACCGAAUCUAUUUAUUUGAAUUGUUCACACAUCUUCUAUUAGGCUUGUCGAUCGAAACUCAUGUUGCAUCGCGUUAGAUCGCUGUUCUUUUACCUGCUAUACUUAUGACGUCGAUCCGAACUUCGAGCUCAUAAUUUUACAAGACUGUGAUCUAUUUUUAUGAUCUAUUACGCAUAUGUGAAAUGUGACGUGCUCCAAGUUUUGGAUCGAAAUGAAACUUCGAUAAAGAGUCGAGAAAGUAACGAUUUGCUCGCGCAACGAGGUUCUUUCGAAGGCAAACAUCCAUUUCCAUUUCGAAUGAACGCUUUGCUAAUUAUUCUACUAAAUAAUUUUAUUAUAAUCGCAAACAAGGUAAUGAUCAUAUUAAUUUUCCAAAACUUUUAAGCAUUAUUUAGAAAUAAAGCUGUGACAUGAAUAAGAAUAAGUCUUUAUUCGAAAAUAUGAAAUGUCGAUGUUUGUACAAGAUCAUCUUAUUGUUAUGUGUUUCAAGCAGUUCCUAGUUAGGCAGCUCCGUCCUGUAGACAUUGGAGGUACACUCAAUUGUACUUUACACACCUUGUUAAUACAAUGAAAAUAUUACAUUAUAUAACAAACUUGUAAGCUAUAAAAUGUUACCCUUUUGUUAUUGAUUUUUGCUUAGAUCAAUGGAAUUUAUCAAAAAGGCUCGUAGGCAUUAGAAAACUAGACUGAAUUUAUUUUAAAGUGUGUAAAUAGCAAAUAUUAAGACAAGGUAUAUACGAUAAUUUAGGAUUAUCCGAGUGAAAAUUAUCGGUAAUAUUUUAGUUGAAUAACCGAAAUGUUUACGGGCUAGAGUAUUGGGAAAUUAUAAAGUCGAUUAGUUCAGCAAAAGUCGUUACGGAUUUUGAAUCUUGUUGUUUUUUCUUCACGAAAAAAUCUUAUCGUAAUAAUUUAAAAUAAUCGUUUAGAUUUGCCUAGGAAAUGAUUACUAAUAAAAGCAUGCAUUUUCGUACUAACCAUCAUUGUAAACUAAUCGAUUUUUUUAAACCCUCCUAAUUAGUCGAGUUAAUUUACGGUUCGGUUUAAAGUAUUAUUUUGUCAUCAAAAAUCAAUAACAAAACGUACAGCCGUAAAGUACACUAGGUUUCUUUUAUCCCUUGCCUUCCUACAUCUUCCUAAGAACGUCCGUCUGUGUCAAUUCAGUGUCAAAUCAUCUACUGCGAUGUUAAAGAGAAAAAUAGAAAGUCUUCUACCGUUAAAAUACAACUAUAAGACCCUAGCAAGGCCUAACAUACAAAAGUAAACAAAUAUAUUUAAAUGAAAUGAACACAGAUAUGUGUAUCCAUAGUGAAAGUCACACAUGAACAUUUCUGGAAUCUUAGAACAACGUGUUCGAGGGGUGCGUGUGAUUAGGAAACGAAAGAUGCAAAUAUAAUAUAUUUUGUUCAGAGAGAAAGGGAGUUCGUAUACCCACGUAUUUUUGUUGCUAAUGAAGAAGUACCGAAUCGAUCCUCGUUAAAGGAAUUCAAAGCGAAUGAGGAUAUUGCCAAGCUGAAGAAAAGUUAUAUAUAAAUAAUUUAAUAUAUCUAUAAAUGUAUAUGAAACUGAUCUAGUCAGUGUAUAAAACGAGGCGGCCUUAUAUUUUAUAUGUAUACACACGGGAAUAUUAAAAAUAAAGUUUAAUAUGAGAUUUAACAAACAAGACAAACGAAUAUUGUAUAAUCUGAAUCAUCUGUUUGGUUGAUGUACCGGCAUGUUAUAUCUAUCGCUAUUAUAGCGGCAGAAUUGUCGAUGAAUCUUAAAAGUCUGAUGUACAUCGUUUAUCUGAGCGUUGAGUUAUGGGAAAGAUAAGAUUCUGUACAACCACGCUUCAUGGUCAUUUCAAUGUUCACUGUUGGCAUUAGAAAAGCAUUCUGAUAUUUAUUUACAAAAAUCGAAAAUUGGUUUCGUUUAAUUCAGAUUAUCUGCAACAAUAAUUAAUUCUACAAUGCAAAGAACUGAUACACGCAGAAGUUUGUUCUGUAUAAUUCAAUUAAAAUCAUAGCAAUAGAACUUUGCAUUAACUUUGUAUUGUACUAGAAUCUUUGAAAAAAAUGAAAAUCACACAAAAAAAUUAUAACAGCAAAUUGCUGUAUGCAUGUCUAAAAGUACGUAAUCGAUGUUCAAUUACAGAAAUAACGUAAUUGUGACGAUGUUGAAUGGAGUUUAGAUAUGUUUACGUCCGUUUUGGAUAAUAGCACCGUAUUGAUCGAAUCCGUCGCCUCGUCGUACUGUUAUUCUUUUUUUUCUAUACAAAUUGUACCAAAUUCGUAUUUAAGAUGAUAGCGAUUAAAUUAUCAUUGUUUUAUAAUCGAUCGCUGGAGUUGAACUGCAUAGCUGUUUAUCUUCCUCAAAUAAGACUGUGCGUUUGUUGAAUAUAAUAAUAUUUAAGUAUAUGUAAGUAUGGCUUUAAAUCGAACUCUUCUUUUCCAAACCAACAGAUCAGAUUCAUAAUAACUUUCUUGAUAAAAAGAAAAAUGCUAAAAGUUGGAUAAUAGCUGAAAAAUUUCUAUAAUAUUGAGACGAUUAAAAUAUUUACACAUUUUAAAAAUAAUACAUUUUCAGCAGAUUUAUUUCUUACACACAAGUUUGCACAUCUAAAGUUUUAAUAAUCUAAUCGAUAUUUAUAAUAAUGAGACAAGAGAACAAAUCAUUUAUUGUAAAAAUAAUAGAAUUUUUUACUAAAAUUUGUGAAUCAUGUAGUUUUCAUUAUGAAUAUAACUAACUUCAAAAUUAUUUAUAGCAACGUCGUAUGAAAUUCAUUGUUUGUAAUAAUUACAGUUCGUCGUUUAAAAUAGAUUUUGAGACAAAUGGAAAUUAUAUGUGCGUAUGAGAAAAUUUUGAUCCCAAUAAUUUAUGGGAAAAAAUUUGAAUUUUCCGUGGAUUUAGCAAUUUGUAUAAUGAAAAUCGUUAAAAGUCAAUUUAUUUUGUUCAGAUUCAGAGAUUUAAUCCUUUCGAAUUUGUAAAUAGAACAUGAAUUUUUUCUUUGGAGCAAAAAAGUUAUUUAUAGAGUACUUUCGUUUUGUAACAGAUAGAACGUCAUCAUAGUUUUUUGACACGCUUAAAGGUACCUGAACAACCAAGCGAACAAAAAAUUGCUAGAGAAAAGGCAAAUUAAGAACCUUUACAAAAGCUGGACAUAUCGUGAGCGGGGCAUAUCUAAAAAAUUACUGAGCUGAUUUUGAAUGAAUAGACUUGGAUGUGUGUAGUUAUUAUGUGAGAAUGUAUGCGAAUGAAAAGCAAGAAAAAUAUCUUAGUUGAAAUAAGGUUUCGAUAAAGCAUGCGAAGAAUGAUAAAGAGUGUUUUGCAAAUGAAAAUCGUAGUACACAAGGUAAAGAACCUAUUUAUUUUAAGCAAACUAGAAAAAAGAGAAAAUACAGAAAGCAACGAUAUUAUAAUAUAAACGUCUAUUACGAUAAAAAGUGAAAACGGAAAGCGAACCAUCUCUUCCAUACCCUUUUUUUGUUUUUGACAAUUGUCUGUGAUCGCGAUCGUAGCCAGACAGACAUGUAUGCUGUAUGUACAUAUGAGAGUACGAGAGAAGCGAAGAAUAACUAAAUACCGUCUGAAUCAAAUUUACCGUGAGAAUUCUUCUUACUAUUAUUAUAUACAAGUAGUUUUUAAAGAUGAUAAUAAAUAUUGUAACUACAAUUGAAAACAAUGUCAUCCUAUAAGCGAAUAAACACGUAAAAUAUCGCUCGAUGACAAUGACGACGAAUAGUAGUAAUAAUGAUAAUAAACAAGUAAUCAAUAAAAUAAAUAAAUGAGUGGAUGCAUUGAAGGGGGGAUUUUGAGUAAAACUAUACAUAGAUUAUUAUAUAUUGUAAAUAUUCCUAUAUAUAUACACAAAAUUAAUAAAGUUAAGGCAAUUUUUACAAAA